AUGGCAUCCCAGACCUUCUCUGUGCUUUCUGGCCAGCUCGACUGGGCCGCAUGGAAGGACAGUAUCCGCGACCAUCUGUCGGAAAUUGACCACUACGCUUGGGACAUCAUUGAUGGAGUUGCUGCAUAUCCGCAGCCCACGAUCCAAGUUCCCCUUGUCGAAGAGAUCGCUGCCCAGAUUGCAGCUAACAACAAUGUUUCUGUCACCGAGUUGACCAACGAACACGCCAUGUCAUACUACAACAACCUCACCACCAACAUCACUCCUAACCAAGACAACUACGCCACCAUGCUCGGUGCCUGGCGCCGCGCCAACAACUUGGGCCUGCAAGCCAUCCGCGCCUCCAUCACCGACAUUCCCCUCGGAAUCAUCGUGGGCAUGAACAGCUCUCGCCUGGCCUUCCUCCAGCUUGAGGAAGUCUACGGCAAGCUCCGUCCUGACUACGGGAAGGUCCGGGCAAUGUACUACGACUGGUCCCAAAUGCGCUUCGCCGACGAUGAGGACCCCGCCGUCUUUGUUCACUGCUUCCGCGAGGCUCUGGCACACAUCCGGUGCCAGCCUUACUUUGUUCACCCCUCGUCCGAGUGGCUUGUCCUCAACACCGCUAUCAAGGACUCGCAAAUCGGCUGGGAGUUCCUCGAGACACUUCGGAUGGACAACCACGGGGCGGAGGGGUGGAUGAGCCAGGUGUACGAGGAGUUUCUCGAGCACGCGGUGGACCACCAUCACCAAGCUCCGUAUGAGGACUAUGACUCCGAGGAGGAUUCCCGGGGCUCUUCCGAGCCCAAUGUUUUCAGUUAUGAGCCUGCCGCCGCCGAUAGCUCCCUGACCAGCAAAUGA